CUCGUUUUCAUCGUUCAUUUUCGACGGGUAGGUUUUCGCAGACGGACGGAGCAAAGAUUUGUGCAUCGAAAAUUGCAAUUUUCACAUUUAAGGCCGUGUGUGCUACACCACAGACAUUGGAAAAGCGUUUGCCGCACCUGUGCGAAAACCCAGCUCCACCAAGCAGACGCGGCUGGAAGGCGAUUGGCCGCAAAUUCGCCCCGCAACUGGAAGGCAAUUGCGUGUGAAAAAAAACCGAAAAAAAAGAAAAGAAGAGCAGAGGCCUGAAACCGUCGAGAAAUCGUUGUCGUCGCGCUCGCUAUAAUUGUUUGCUUUUGGCCAGAGAAAUUCGUGUGCCUGUUGGCGAAAGCACUUAAUAAUACUUUGUAAUCCGGUGUGAGUGCGCAGUGAAGUACAGCCAAGAUGAGCGGGGGAUUGCCGGAGUUGGGCUCCAAGAUCAGCCUCAUUUCCAAGGCGGACAUUCGAUACGAGGGCCGCCUGUACACCGUGGAUCCGCAGGAGUGCACCAUUGCGCUCUCGAGUGUGCGGUCCUUUGGAACGGAGGAUCGGGACACCCAGUUCCAGAUAGCUCCGCAGUCGCAGAUCUACGACUAUAUCCUCUUCCGGGGAUCGGACAUCAAGGACAUUCGCGUGGUGAACAACCACACGCUGCCGCACCACAAUGACCCGGCGAUCAUGCAGGCGCAGCUCCAGAACGGACCGCCCCAGAUGCCGCAGCACUUCCCCAUGCCCAGCGGGAUGAACGCUCCGCCGCAGCAGCAGCAGCAGGUGGCGUCGCAGCAGCAGCAGCCUCCCCAGAUGCCAGGCGGAGGUGGUAGUGGUGGCGCCGGCGGAGCUCCUGGAGGAGGUGCCCCCGGCUACGGCAACGGCAAUCCGUUUGGCAACCUAGGAGGUCCCAAUCUGGCCAACAUGGUGGGAAAUGCGGGCGGAUCGCUUGCUCCCGGAUCUGGAGCCCCGGGCAACGGACCAUUCAUGCACAUCGGUGGCAACCAGCAGCAGCAGAAGCCCCAGCAGCAGAAACAGCCAAUUUCCGUUCUAGACAUGCUGGCCGGAGCAUCGCGCUCGACGACGCCCAUUAGCCUGAUUGUGAGUCCCACGGCGGAGCUGACCCAGCAGCAGCAGCUGCACCAGCAGCAGAACGCUGGCCAGGGUGGCAACGGACGCGAUGCAGGACAUAAGCGCCAGAACCACCAGCAGCACCAGAAUCAACAGCAGCAGCAGGCGCAGCAGCAGCGCGGCGGUCCUAGCCACAACAACAUGCAGCAGCAGCAGCAGCGCGGCGGAAGUGGCACGGACUUCUAUAACCAGCACCACCAGCAGCGGGAUCGUCGUGACUCCGGACGUCAGAUGGAUAAUAACUUCAGCAACAACUACAACAAUAAUCAGCGUAAUCGCGGCGGCGGUAAUGGAAUGCAGCAGCAGCAGCAGCGCGGCGGAAAUGGCGGCGGUGGUGGAGGCGGCGGCGGAAAUGGCGGAGGUGGUAACAACCCAGCCUGGAACAUGCAUCGCGGUGGCCAAAACUCGAACAACAUGAUGAUGCGUAAUCGCGGAAUGGGCACCCGAGGCCCCAUGCGACCCAAUCAGGGCUAUCGUCCGCAGUCGGCCAAUCAAAAUAAGCCGCGAAACAAGAUCAAGUUCGAGGGCGACUUUGAUUUCGAGCAGGCCAACAAUAAGUUCGAGGAACUGCGCUCCCAGCUGGCCAAGCUCAAGGUGGCCGAGGAUGCCGCCACCAAGCCAACCACCAACUCGACGGCAACCACUGCAACUGCAACCAAUGAGCAGGUGGGUGAGAAGGUUGAAGGCGUUCAUACAUUGAAUGGCGAGACAGACAAGAAGGAUGACUCUGGCAAUGAGACCGGCGCUGGAGAGCACGAGCCCGAGGAAGAUGACGUUGCUGUGUGCUACGACAAGACCAAAUCGUUCUUCGACAGCAUCUCGUGUGAGGCUGCCCAGGAUCGCAGCAAGAACAAGAAGAAUGAUUGGCGCCAGGAGCGCAAGUUGAACACGGAGACCUUCGGAGUGUCCUCGACUCGACGUGGCAGCUACCGCGGACGCAACCAUUACUACAACAACAAUGGCAACAUGGGCGGAGCGGGCAACGGCGGCAUGAACUCUGGAUACGGAGGAGCGCCCGGCUACAACAGGAACAACUAUCGCAUGGGCGGCGGUGGCAACUUCCGCAAUAGGACCAACAAUCGCAACAACGGCGGCGGCAACCGGGGAGGAAACGGAAUCCCGAACAUCACCAACGGCAAUGCCAAUACGGCUGCAGCGCUGAAGGCAGCCAACAAUGGAUCCAAUGCCACGGACUCCAAUGCACCGAACGCCACAACCACGACGACAAAGUCGACGUCCCUCUUGCCAGAGCAGACGCAACAGGUGGCGGCAGUUUCUCAAUAGUGCCGCCCAGCUAGUGGAGAACCACUUUAAAUAAACAAUUGAUAAAUGCGAUUUAAGAAGAAAGUAAAUAUCCUAUUCUUUGCAAAGCUAAUUAUUCGAAGCAACCCAAUCAACCGACCGACCGAACGAUCGACGACACACAGGCUCUUAUUAUCAGGAAUUUCGAGUUAUGGAUCUAACGGCAUAAUAUAUUUGUAUAAUUAAAAUUAGUGUUACAACUCUCACGACGUCCUGGGGCGCACUCCGCUGCCCGCCCACCAACCACCGUGUGCUUGGCGAUGAUGAGCGCUUACCGACUAGCGACUGUGGAUGUGAACCGGCCAUCUGUUAGGUUUUGUGUAAAUGGCUGGUUCCAACGCCUUUCGCUGAGCAGAAGACACGGUAAUGAGUAAUGAUAACGAGGAGAUAAUGGCACGCCUACAUACAUACAUAUAUUUAGUAAUAGAUGUGAGGAACAUAGUAAGCAUAAGUAUGAAAAAGCUACAAAAACACGGAGAAUUAGCGGAGGAGUCGAUAACAAUAAUGAAAUUAAUGGAGCAACCAAUUAAAUCCAUGGAAUUCCCAAAACUAAAAUAAAAGCUAAUUAAUAUGUUUUUAUUUGAAUGAAAGAAAAAAACAAAACAAAAAAAAAAAACUGAUUGUAAUACUGUAUUUCUUGUGGGCGUAAAACAUCGACCAACACUCGAACCGUUUUACUAGCAUUUAAAUAUAUUAUUUAAGAGCAUUUUAAAUAUGAAAAUGAAAAUAAAAUCGGCAGCUAUGCUUGUUUGAAGAGCA